AUGAUAUUGUUGUUUAUUGAACAUUCACGUGCUACCACUUAUAAAGCUAUUUGCGUUAUUGACAAUCCAUCAAUUCAGAAUGUUCUCUCACGCUCCACUGAAGAAUACACACGCGAUCGGUCCACAGAUCUUCACAAAAUAAAAAGGAACUUCAAUCCUGCCUUACACCCGUUCGAGAAAGCGCGAGAAUACACCCGUGCACUGAAUGCUGUGAAGCUUGAGCGGCUUUUUGCGAAACCUUUUAUCGGGGCGUUGAGUGGACACGCAGACGGUGUUUAUUGCUUGGCAAAGCACCCACAAAAGUUGUCGACUGUUCUGUCAGGGAGUGGUGACGGAGAAAUUCGAUUAUGGGACUUAGCAGCACGAGAAACUCGCUGGAAAAUUAAUGCACAUAAAGGCAUCGUGAAAGGCGUGUGCUGUAGUUCUAAAGGUGACAGUUAUCUAUCAUGCGGAAUAGAUAAAACAGUGAAAUUAUGGAAUCCUAGUGAAUCAUAUGAUGAGCCUGUAAACACGUAUCUUGGAAAAUACGCGUUCAAUGCUAUUGAUCAUCACCGAUCUGAACCAAUAUUUGCUACUUCUGGAUCACAGAUUGAUAUUUGGCAUGAAGAAAGGUCGGACCCUAUAAAAACCAUAAAAUGGGGCGAAGACACAAUCAAUACCGUGAAAUUUAACCAGACAGAGGUCAACGUGCUUGCUAGUUGCGGGACUGAUAGAUCAAUUAUUAUGUAUGAUCUGAGAACUAAUUCAUCGUUGACUAAAUUAGUUUUGCAGUUAAAAACUAAUGCUAUCGCGUGGAAUCCUAUGGAGGCUUUUAAUUUCGCGGUUGCGAAUGAAGACCAAAAUUGCUACAUAUACGAUAUGCGAAAAAUGGAUAUCGCAAUGAACGUGUUAAAAGAUCAUGUUGGGGCAUUACUAGACGUUGAUUUCUCACCAACCGGUGAAGAACUAGUCACCGGCUCAUACGAUCGCACAAUUCGAAUUUUCAGAGCGCGCGAGGGACGCAGUCGCGACGUAUAUCACACCAAACGGAUGCAGCGUAUAUUCUGUGUAAAGUAUAGUAUGGAUGCGAAGUUCUUGCUUUCUGGUUCGGAUGAUGGGAAUGUACGGCUUUGGAAAGUUGGCGCAUCGGAGAAGUUGGGCGCGAAGGAUUAUCGCGAACGCGCGUUUUUAGAGUAUUCUGGAAAACUUAAAGAUCGGUUUAAAAACCUGCCGGAGAUUAGGCGAAUUUCAAGACAUCGCAACAUCCCUAUGGAAAUCAAGAACGCACAGAAAAAGAAACAAAUCAUGCUCGACGCACAGAAAAGAAAAGAGGAAAAUGUACGGAAGCAUUCAAAGAAGGAUCUCCGAGAGCAAGCCAACAAAUCCGGUGUCGAAAGAGUAAAAAAGAACAUUUCAGAAGAGCUAAAACUUGCUGAAACUGCACCACCGAAGUCACAAAACGGCAGUCCUACACAACACUAUCAGAACUCACCGCUUCCCCAAUCGCACCAAAACUCGCCGCUGCCCGCAUCUCUGCAAAAUUCACCGCGUCCCUCUUAUACGAACUCGCCUCGUCACGGCGGAGUAUCGCCAGAGGACAUUCAGUUUCUGACGGCUGACGAAGAGAUGGUGAUUUGUCAGUACUACGAAAUGAUUAUUCAGCAGAUUCCAGCGACCGAAUUCAGUGAGCAGAUGAGGGCUACGGCGAUUGUGUUUAUGAAGAGGUUUUAUUUGCGGAAUACUGUGAUGGAUUAUCAUCCAAAGAUGAUUAUGCUGGCAUCUCUGUUUCUCGCGGCAAAAUGCGAAAAUAGCACGAUUGGCCAUGAAGAAUUUCGCACAUUGAUGGAGAAGACAUCGCGUGUGAAUCUUGCAAAGGAGACACUGUUUCAACUUGAGUUGGCAUUAUCACAGAGCAUGAACUAUGAAUAUGCUGUGCAUCAUCCACACAAGAGUACCUACGGUUUGUAUUUAGAUAUGCAAAGCUAUUCAAAAGAUAUCAAAAAAAUGCAAAAAGUCUACGAGAAAUCUAAAGACCACAUAAAGCAGUCGCUUUUGACCGACUUGACGUUUCUCUAUCAACCAUCACAGAUAGCAAUGGGAUGUAUGCGUCUAGCAUCUCGAUCACCCAAAAUCGGGUUCGAUUUUGAUGCGUAUAUUCGCGAAAAAUUUAGUGGCGUACAAUCAAAACACUCAAAAAACGUGUCUGAACAACAACUAAAGAGUUUGUUUGAGAUACUUGAUGAUAUCGAGAAGGCUAUUGAGAGCUAUACACCAGUCGAUAGGAAAAAGGCCCAAGAAUAUGAUCUUAAGCUUCGUUCUUGUAAGAAUCCGGCCAAAAAUCCUGCAAGCUAUAUUUCACAGAAGCGUAAAGCUAUAGAAAAAGAGGAGCGUGAAGCUAAAAGGCUAAAGAAGCAGGCUGCUAAUAAAGCUUACCAGGAGGAAUUGGAGUUAGUGUUUCUUAGUCAGGAUAGUUCUUUUAAAGCAGAACAUUGA